AUGCCUCUCCUGAGCUUGUCACCAGAGAUCCUAUGCAUGAUCAUUGCCAGACUUGGCCCCAGUCAAGAUACCAAUAACCUGAUCCGCACCUGCUGGCGGCUGUACGAUACAUACAAUAUCUCACUGUACAAGGCCCAAAUCCACCAAGAUGGCGGCCAUAGGGUUUUUCUGUAUGCUGCCCAGACCGGCGAAGAGGGAGCGAUGCAGUGGCUGUGUCAAGCCAGCACUGCGGCCACCCAACCUCUGAUGCAAGUGGGCGUCAAUAUUCUGGACCCUGUCUAUCAUCUAGCACCCCUCGCCUGGGCAGCCAUCAAAGGGCAUGAAUCGGUGGUAAAACUCUUGCUGCAGAUUGAAGGGAUCGCUGUAGAUCCUUACGGGAGUCGUUUUCGAACGCCAUUAUCGUAUGCUGCUGAGAACGGAUUCGCGGGGAUCGUUCGCGUGCUCCUGGCAGCUGGGGCAGAUGCAAACCGCCGAGAUGAAGUCAUGGGGCGUUCACCCCUUCACUGGGCUGGAUCCCCCCGCCUCAGUGAAGAUGCACGCAGUCUCCACGGACGAAGGCGUCAUGACGCCCUACUUCGUAAAGCCAAGGGGUCCGCGUUCUGUCGGCUGGAAGUUUACUUUGCACCCGAUAUGGUAAGAACCUCGUUUGCCCAGAAGGACUGGCAUGGCCACGAAAUCCUAUUUCCCAACCCCAGUUGCAGCGCAGGAGCCGCAUAUGAAGAGAUCCUGGAGAGUUUGAUUGAAUAUGGCGCGAACCUGGAGAGCCGGGAUGGAUGGUAUUACUCCCCACUGGGCUGGGCCGCUGUCUGUGGAUAUCAGGCAGUGGUUGAGCUCCUUCUGCGUAAGGGGGCACGUCUCACGGAUUGCUCCGACAUCCACUCACCGUUCUUAUGUGCUGCACAGUAUGGGUAUUCUGGAAUUCUGCAGAUCCUUCUCGAUCAGGCAGGUGCCGGAGUCAUUUGUGAUGACCGACUCUCACGGGUGCUGAGACGGGCAGCUCAGGGAGGGCAUGAGGAGGUGGUGAAGCUGGUGCUUCGCCAUACCCACCACCGCCUGGUCGACCCUCAGAACCCGGGGAGUUGGGCUCCACUGGUGGAUGCUGCGAAACACGGCCACGAAGGAACCGUCUCCAUCUUGCUGGAGGCCCAUACGCAAAAGUGGCCCGGCGAACCCAUCGGGCCUAUGCCUGCCUUCUGGGCCGCUGAUUCGGGACACACGGCAGUUCUCCAAGUACUCCACGCAACAGGCAUCGACAUCAAUGAACCUUCGUCGUUCUACGACAUGAUGUCGCCUUUGCACGCAGCGGUCAGGAACCGCCAUGCCAUGACUGUCGAGUUUCUGCUCCACACGGGCGGGGUCGGGGUGAAUACACCGGAUGAACUCGGAUGGACGGCUUUUUCGUGGGCUGCCCCAUUCACCCGGUCCCCCAUUCGAUCAUUGCUCCUGGAUGUGGGGGCAGACAAAUCAUUUGGGAAUCGAAUGGAUAGUAUAGACACUCCGCAUAGAAUUAGUCGACGAGACGAGAGAGGGUCUAGCAUGGUUCACAUCCCGGACCUCCCAAUAUCAUUCCACUAG